AUGCCAAAACCAUGUCAAUGCAAAUCUGCUGCUUGUGGAUGCGGUGCUGGAUGUCAAAAUGGUAACUGCAAAUGUGAUGAUACUUGCUCAUGUAAAUGUGAUUGCAAAUCAUGUUCUCAUGAAAACACAAGCUGUGGACCAUCAUGCAAAUGCAAUGAUUGCAAAUGCAAUGAUUCCGAAUGCAACGAUUCCGAAUGCGGAGCUUGUAAAUGUGAAAAAUGA